AUGGAAGAUCCAUCAUUACAAAUCCAUUUCAAAGGACACAAAGACUCCAUCACAUGUGUUGACUUCAACCCGACUGGAAAGCAGCUAGCUUCUUGCUCCAUGGACGCAUGUUUAAUGAUUUGGAACAUUAAGCCACAAACGCGAGCAUAUAAGUUUAGUGGCCACAAAGACGCUAUAUUCUGCGUUCGAUUCUCACCGACUGGUGAACUUAUACUAACUGCUUCUAGGGAUAAGACAGUAAAAUUAUGGAUUCCGAGCAUAAAAGGAGAGUCCAUCACUUUUCGCGCACAUACUGCAGCAGUUCGAUGGGUUGAUGUGUCCGCUGAUGACUCAAGGAUGUGUACAGCUUCAUCAGACAAGUCGGUAAAAGUUUGGAGUUUACAUAGACAAAAGUUCUUGUUCUCUUUAAACCAACAUGUGAAUUGGGUGAGAUGCUGUCGAUUUUCACCUGACUCACGCCUUAUCAUAUCUUCAUCAGAUGAUAAAACUAUUAAAUUAUGGGACACUGAGACGCAAGGUUGUGUACAUACUUUCCAAGAAGCUGGCGGCUUUGCUUCACAUCUGGACUUUCACCCGAAUGGAAACUGCUUUGCGUCGGGAAGUACGAAUUGCACAGUUAAGCUUUGGGACUUAAGAAUGAACCGUCUACUCCAACAUUAUGAUGCUCAUACUGGUCCCGUACAUAAAGUUGCUUGUCAUCCCAAUGGUCAUGCUCUGCUCUCUGCAUCUGAAGACUCAACACUGAAAAUAUUUGACCUUCUUGAGGGUCGUCCACUUUUUACACUUCAGGGACAUCAGGGACCUAUUACUGCAGCGGCAUUUUCUGCAUCUGGUGAUCAUUUUGCAUCUGGUGGGAGUGAUGAACAAGUGUUUUUAUGGCGCACGAAUGGGUGUGUUAGAAUGACUACUAAUACUACAGACAAUAGUUCACAUCCAAUUCACACAACUUCCAAUCCUGAUGGUUCCAUAUUUCGGGACAAAUCUAUUCAAAUUAACAGUCAUCUAAUAUGUCCUAAAUCUGAUUCUCAAGUAACGUCAAGUGAAGUGCAUGAAAAAGCAGAAAAACCAUCAUUCGCUACUUCUGAAGUUCCUGUCGACUUUCAUGAAACUACUAACAGUGGAGCACAGAACCCGACUACUUCCGUCAAGUGUCAUUUCCCGCCUACUUUUCGUACUAACUCUGGUGUCAUCUCAUCAAUGACUUUACCAUUAACGUCAAAUAUGAAUUUUCUACAAGCUAAUUUGAAAACAGCAAGUGGUCUAGAAAGUGAACGCCAAAAUGUCCCACCACCACUAUCUACAACACUUGAACAUAUUGUUUCACAACUAGAUAUUCUAACUCAGACCGUUUCACUUUUGGAACAACGUCUUACUAUUCUGGAGAAUAAAUGA